CGGAGCUGGGUCUGAAUGAAGGCGCCGCGGGCCCGGGGCCGCGGGCGCGUCUGAGCGCCGAGGGGCCGCUCCCGCUCGCCCCUUCCUCCCUCCCUGCCCCUCUGCCCUCGCCCCGGGCCCGGCCAUGUCUUACAACAAGAUCCCGCCGCGCUGGCUCCACUGCCCCAGGAGGGGACAGCCCGUGGCAGGGAAGUUUUUACCUUUGAAGACAAUGUUAGGACCAAGAUACGAUGAUCAGGUUGCUGAAGAAAAUCGUUUUCACCCAAGUAUGUUGUCCAACUACUUGAAGAGUCUCAAGGUUAAAAUGGGUUUGCUGGUAGACUUGACCAACACCAAUAGAUUCUAUGAUAGGAACGAUAUACAGAAAGAGGGGAUUAAAUAUAUAAAGCUUCAGUGUAAGGGACAUGGUGAGUGCCCUACGCCUGAGAAUACAGAAACAUUUAUCCGUGUAUGUGAACACUUCAGUGAAAAGAAUCCCACAGAACUCAUAGGUGUCCAUUGCACACAUGGUUUCAAUAGAACUGGAUUUCUCAUCUGUGCCUUCUUGGUUGAGAAGCUGGACUGGAGUAUUGAGGCAGCUGUGGCUACCUUUGCUCAGGCUAGACCACCAGGUAUUUAUAAAGGUGACUAUUUGAAGGAAUUAUUUCGUCGUUACGGAGAUGAAGAUGAUGCACCAUCACCACCUGAGCUACCAGAGUGGUGCUUUGAGGAUGAUGAAGAGGAAGAUGAUGACAACGGUAAAACAGGAGGCCAAGAAUCAGAACCUGGAUCAUCAAGCUCUUCCUUUGGCAAGAGGAGAAAAGAACACCUAAAACUGGGUGCAGUUUUCUUGGAAGGUGUAACAGUUAAAUAUGUGAACCAGGUGACAACACAACCAAAGUUGGGAGGAAUACAGCAAAAGUGCCAGCAAUUCUGUGGAUGGGAAGGGUCUGGAUUCCCCGGAGCACAGCCUGUUUCCAUGGACAAGCAAAAUAUUAAAUUUCUGGAACAGAAACCAUACAAAGUUAGCUGGAAAGCAGACGGCACACGGUACAUGAUGCUGAUUGAUGGCAAGAAUGAAGUAUAUAUGAUCGAUAGAGACAACUCCAUAUUUCAUGUGUCUAAUCUGGAAUUUCCAUUUCGUAAAGAUCUUCGUAUGCAUCUAACAAACACUCUUCUAGAUGGGGAAAUGAUCGUCGACAAGGUUAAUGGACAGGUUGUUCCUCGGUACUUGAUAUAUGACAUUAUUAAGUUUAAUGGACAGCCAGUUGGAGACUGUGAUUUUAAUGUUCGACUUUCAUGUAUAGAAAAAGAGAUUAUAUUUCCACGGCAUGAAAAAAUGAAGACUGGUCACAUUGACAAAGCACAGGAACCAUUCAGUGUUCGAAACAAACCAUUUUUUGACAUCUACGCUUCAAGAAAGCUCCUGGAAGGAAGCUUUGCUAGAGAAGUUAGCCAUGAAGUGGAUGGAUUGAUAUUUCAGCCUACAGGAAAAUACAAGCCUGGUCGAUGUGAUGAUAUUCUGAAAUGGAAGCCACCCAGCCUGAACUCUGUUGAUUUUCGUCUGAAGAUAACGAGGAUUGGUGGAGAAGGGCUUCUCACCCAGAAUGUUGGUCUUCUUUACGUUGGAAACUUUGACAGACCUUUUGCACAGAUUAAGGUGACAAAAGAACUGAAACAGUAUGACAACAAAAUCAUAGAGUGCAAGUUUGAGAACAACAGCUGGGUCUUCAUGAGACAGAGAAUAGACAAAAGCUUUCCAAAUGCCUACAGCACUGCCAUGGCUGUAUGCAAUAGCAUCCAGAACCCGGUCACAAAGGAGAUACUAUUUGAGUUCAUCGACAGGUGUAUGGCAGCUUCUCAGGGACAGACGCGGAAGCACCACCUCGACCCCGACACUGAACUGAUGCCACCCCCACCACCCAAAAGGCCCCGCACCAUCACAUAGGCCUCAUGAGGCACAGAGGGUGGCAUUUACGCUGCUGCAGAAGGUGAAGUGCAAGUGCGAGGGCUGGGAAAAGAAACACCUGAAUUGCUGUAAAUAUCUAGGUGUGGUUUCUUUGGUUUUGUUUUUCCAAAUUCCACAUCAUGGAUGGACAUUGUUUCGUAACUGAGAAGUUCAACCUUACCUUCUGAUAUUUGAAGAUGAAAUUUCCAAAGGUAUAGACAAGAACAGUACAGUGGAAUCAAGGGAAGGCUGCCUUGUUUAUAUACGGAUAUCUUUUCACCUUUAAUUUAUAAUGUCAGCAACCUGGAACUGCGAAAAUACUGGAAUGCCGUACUUUUUAGAAGCUGUGUUUAAAAAAAGAAAAAGUGUUGCUUUUUUCUUAACGAUUAUCGUUAUUCAACUGGUUGCGGUUUGUCACCCAUAGUAUAAUUUAUCAUAGUUUCCCUGCAUUUCUGAGACUUGUGUUUAACAGCAAACAGCAAUGUUGUUUCUGCGCUGUGUUGGCUGACAACUAAGCCUUCUUAGGCUAAAAUCCACUAAUUUUAAAAUUAGCUGGGUUUUUGUUGUUGAAAUAUUAAAGAGGUGAAUCCCUCUUGUAAAUAGCAUCCUUUUGAAAAGAAGUGUUUUGAGUGUUUUGUUGUUUUUUUGUUUGGUUGUUUUUUGGUUGGUUUUUUUUUUUUUUUUUUUGCUGUUUGAACCUAACACACCAAAUGUAUAGUGGGCUGAUUUUAGCUUUGCCUUGAAGUUCCUCUGUAGAUAAGAAAAUCAUUAAAUCUUUAGUAUUAAGGUCUCUGUUCCAAGACCGUCUCUAGUACAGGGCUCAGUUCUCCACAGUGAUACCAUUGUAAAUAUUACUAAAAAGUACACUUUGCUGUGAUAUGCAAGAGUAAUAACCAGUGCUAAUAAUGAUGUCUCAGAUCCAGGCGCACUAUGGCAAAAGAAACGCCAGACAGCUCCUUCAUGAAGGAGAAGGCAGUUCCAUGUGAGAGACCCGUGCCUUAGGGCAGAUGUCCUGGCUGGGAUGGUUGCAGGGCAAAGAUGAACCCUGCAUGGUGUGGAUGGGGUUGGCUGUCCUGUGACACUGUGUAAAGCCACUGGCUGACUUCCCUUCAUACGGCAUGAAGGAGCCGUAUUAUUGGUACCCAGUGGCUCUCUUGUCAGCUAUCCAUAGCACUGACUGUGAGAAGCUGUGUUCUGGUUGUCUCAUGGAGAAGCUGGUCUGAGCUGAAACCAAACGAUCACAGAUUUUAAAGUUUACUGUGAAUUUAACAAACAGGGAUCUGAUUGGUUGUUUCUGUAGUUCACUGAGCAUGUCAGGACAAGUCAUCCAUUCAUCCAGCAAGAUCUGUGAAGACCAUUGCUUUGUUACAGCUAAAAUAUAUUCAAUGAGUUUUAAUCUUUGGAAGCAAAAUUAACUCCUUCAGUGUAUUUUUUUCCAUAAGAAAACUUUAGGACUAUGCGUUGUGGUUGCUUCACUGUUUCAAUCCAUUGUGUAAAUGCACAUGGCAUCGCUCAGAUGGCAUUCCUAGCAUCUCUUUCUGGGAUAUUCUACACAUGUCUCAGAAAACUGAAGGAGAUAAUAAGCUACUUUUUUUUACUGUGGUAAAACUUGAGGGGAAAAAAUGUGUUCAUCAAAGCUCUGUACAUAGUUUCUGCAUAUUGUCUAUAGAAAAGAUAUAAUAUCACCUAUGCAAGGUUGCAAAAUGAUCUCCUAAGAAGAGCCUUAUGAAGUUGAUGUGAAAACCUAUGCAUCCUCUGUGCAUCUUGCAUUGAAACACACAGUUAAAUAUUUCUUCACGUAGUAAAAAGAUUUCCCCCUCCAUGAAACUCAUCAUUAAGAUUGUCAUAACAAACUUCUUGUCACCAAUCUUCAUGGUUCUACGGCAAUUCUAACUUAUAAGAUGACUGCAGCCUUUUAAAUGAGUUAUUGCAUUUCAUUCUUUUAAGGUUUGUCCAAGCUGUCUCCUUCUUUCUCCUUCUCAGCAUUGGCUUCUUGUAUUUCAACAAGACCUAGCUUCUGGUUUUCCUUUUACGUUAGAGCUGCAGGAAUCAAGCUGCAGCUCUCCUCCAUGUGCAUUCCGCCAAGCUCGUGAAUGUGCUGUGGCCCUUGUGUUUGGACUGUGUCUUUUUUCGCACUCCUCUUGAAAUGGAUGUUUUGAAAGAGCGGUGACUGAGGAAGUUCAGAGCUCCGCAUUCAUAUUCGAUUAUAGAACUAUCCUUGCACUACGACCUGUAGCAUUUUAGAGAGGUCAAUUUGCUUUGCUUUUUGGGAAGAGGAAUCUACUGAGCAAGGGUUGAAUGAAGAACCUGAUGAAAACAAAUGGAAUUUCACUUGGACCAGUUGGGUUUCAUGCUAUGAAAAGUGCAAACUUCCUUUGUCUGCUACUAGAAAUUUAAGACUGAAGCAAAGAAGAGUCUGUUCCAGGAAAAUAAUAAUAAUUUUUUUAAAAAAACCUAACUUGUCUAUUCUUUGGUGUACAGCAUGUUUCCAUCCACUGUUUCGUCAUUUGUUAAAUAUAUAAUUAAAAUUUGGUUUCAGUGAAGUUUCCAAAAAAUGUAAGUACAUUCCUCUACAAACUGUAUUAAGUAUUUUAAUAAAGUCAAUGGUUUAAAAUACUUCUGCUAAGGAUGUGUUUACUUUUGAUGCCUUGUGCUGUCCCAGCACUGGUUCAAGCACCAGAAUACUGUGGUGUUAUUACUCUUCAGUCCUCCACAAGACAGUUCUUCAUGUUUUUCAGAGCUCAGUGGCCCUUCUCUUAGGUAGGAGCCUCUCAGUGGUGGCCACAAUCUGUUACGCCAUUUUUAAGUACAAUUUGCUUUCCCUGCUGCUGGAACCAGAAGAAGACCAGAAGAUGCAUGAAGUACAUACUUUAUGACAAGCUAACAUUAUGUAGCUUCACCAAGUCAGUGUUAAGAAUGCAACUGGAUGAGAAGUUGUGCAAGAGGCAGCAGGAGCAGUCUUCCUUGGUUGUUUGUCACCAACCUGGCCUUGAAGCUUGUAGCUCACCUGCUUGGACAGCUCCUGGAC